UUCCUGUCAAACUCUUCUUCAAAAUAUAGGGAUUUAUGUUGGGCUUUCUAGGCAAAUCUAUAGGAGAACUUCCUUCUGGACCAUUGUUGCAAGCUUAUCCAAUGCAUAAGAAGGCAGUUGGUGCUUUCUACCCCUUAGCUAAGGAGUCACGCUGUGAUUAAAGGAUCAGGUUUUUGACUGCCGGGACAAAUGAAUACAAAUGAAUUUAGGGAUCCGAAGGAGAGAUUGCAGAACCUCUCAACUCGUCACAAAGAGAGCUUUAAUUCUCUGUACUGUUUUAUACUGUACUUGUUACCUGGGGCUUGCACAAGUACACUCUGAAGAUGUUGACAUCCUCCAAAGGCUGGGCCUCACAGGAAAGAAAGCUCCGGCGGCGUCUGCGACCCGCUCCGUUCCCCAGGGGGUCAUCCCCUUCAAGUCGGGCGUCAUCUUCACGCGGCGGGCGCGCCUCGAGGCUCCCGCGGCCUCCGUCAUCCCGCCGGCCUUCGGCACCGACCUGGCUCUGAUCCUCAGCCUGUGCUCCCACCGGGUCAACAGCGCCUUCCUCUUCACCGUCGUGUCCAAGAAGAAGAAGCUGCAGCUGGGAGUGCAGUUCAUCCCGGGGAAGAUCAUCGUCUACGUCGGGCAGAAGAAAUCUGUGUAUUUUGACUAUGACAUUCACGAUGGCCAGUGGCACAACCUCGCCAUGGACAUACGAGGCCAACGGGUCACUUUAUUUACUUCUUGUGGGAAGCAACGUGUACAUGCAGAUUUGCAUUUUAAAAAAGAGGAGACUCUAGAUCCCGAGGGCUCUUUCCUCUUGGGCAAAAUGAACCACAAUUCAGUGCAGUUUGAAGGCGCCAUCUGUCAGUUUGAUAUUUAUCCCUCUGCCAAGGCAGCUCACAACUAUUGUAAGUACAUUAAAAAACAGUGCAGGGAGGCCGACACUUACCGGCCAAACCUGCCACCCCUAAUCCCUCUGUUGCCUAGAGAUCCAAAUAUUACUGUCACCUUCAACACCCCGCUUGCAUUAACUGAGAUUACCAAAAAGGCCUUCAGUCCGAGUCUGUCUCUGAGAAGUGCUGGGACCAGUGUGAAGUAUUUGGUCCCGACUGGUCGUCUGACGGCUCUCAGCUCUGCCCCUGUACACGGGACGUUAAUGCCCCCGCACCUCGCCUCCUCGCCGCCCCCACAAGGCACCGCAGCGCCCCCCACGGUCCACCCCGGACUACAGCGCCCCCAACAGGCCCGGACCCAGACCGUCACAGAACCCCUCAGGACAAGCAAGGCCAAACCUGCCACUCCGAAGCCUCCAAAGCCAACCCCUCACGAAGGCCCCAAAAGAACAACCGCUAGAUCGGAUGUCAAAAAGAAACCCAAAGCCACCAGCUCCAUCGUCACCGCUGCCACCAAGCCAGGGAAAAAGAAACUGGACGUCCACACUUCUGCCGCACCCGAGCGGGCAGCGUUCGGUCGCGGUACUUCCGUCCUUCCGAAGAGGCUGCAGCCCACCCCGGCCAAAAAGAAACCGCAUGACCCGAAAGCGACCACCCCACUUUACGCCAAACCCACCCCGUUCGUGCCCGUCACCCUGGCUGCCACCGACGGCUACCAAACCUACGACUUGGAACCAACGCAGUUCUCUCUCCUGGGACUAAAGGGAGAGUCAGGACCAAUGGGCCCUCCCGGACCACCAGGGAAGCCGGGACUGCCAGGGAAGAGGGGUCCUCGGGGUGCUCCUGGUCCGCAUGGAAAUCCAGGCCGAUCCGGUCCACCAGGGCCCAAGGGACGAAAAGGAGACCCCGGGCUUUCACCUGGAGUAGCACCAAACGGAGAGAAAGGAGACAACGGGCUUAUGGGUCCUCCUGGAUUACUUGGGCAAUCUGGUCGAUUGGGACAGAAAGGCCACCCCGGCCCACCUGGACAUCCAGGAGAGCCAGGUGAACGAGGGCCAGACGGAAGCCCAGGUGCCAAAGGUUAUCCUGGCAGGCAGGGUCUACCUGGGCCUGUAGGUGAUCUGGGGCCUAAAGGUGCUCGGGGCUUCAUAGGAGUCCCCGGGCUCUUCGGCUUACCUGGGCCUGAUGGCGAGAGAGGCAUUCCGGGAGUUCCAGGGAAGAGGGGCAAGAUGGGUAGGCCGGGGUUUUCAGGCGAUUUCGGGGAGCGAGGACCACCAGGGCCUGAUGGCGACCCAGGAGACUUGGGUGCCCCGGGUCCUAAUGGAGUCCUUGGACUUAUCGGAGAUAUGGGGCCACCUGGGGACAUGGGUUUAUCCGGACCGCAUGGACUCAAGGGGGUGCCAGGCAACCCCGGAGAAGCAGGACUGAAAGGUGAUAAGGGUGAGGUCGGCCUGUCUGGAGAGCAGGGAGAGGUCGGAUUCCAAGGUGACAAGGGUAUACAGGGCUUACCUGGAAUGCCUGGGCCUCGAGGAAAGCCAGGACCACAGGGGAAGAUGGGCGACAAAGGCCCAGAUGGCUUGCCUGGCCCCCCAGGUCAAGAUGGUUUUCCAGGGGACAUUGGCCCACCGGGACAGAACGGCCCAGAGGGACCGAAGGGAAAGCCAGGAGCGAGGGGCUUACCAGGCCCCAGAGGGGCGUUGGGACUGGAGGGAGAAGAAGGGCCACUUGGACCACCUGGAGCCCCUGGACUGGAGGGCAGGCCUGGGAGGAAGGGCUUCCCUGGGAAAAUAGGUCCUGAUGGAUUGAAGGGUGAGCCUGGACUCCCUGGAAAAGUUGGAGUGGUCGGGGAAAGGGGCCUUGUGGGGUUCAUCGGACCCGUCGGUGAGACCGGGACGGCGGGAGAAAAGGGGGAUCGCGGGGAGACGGGAGUGCCAGGCCCACCCGGAGAAAAGGGAGCGAUGGGACACCCGGGGACACCAGGGGAAAGCGGACCUUCUGGACCACCAGGACCACCAGGGCCUCUCGGGUCUCGUGGGCCCAUCGGCAGCAGAGGACCUAAAGGGAGAAGGGGUGCCCGAGGGCCUGACGGUCUGUUGGGGGAGCCAGGGUCAGUGGGAGAGAAGGGCCCUGAUGGUCCCCCAGGAAAGAUCGGCUUCCCGGGAGAACAGGGACCCAUUGGCGAGACAGGUGAAACUGGACAUCGAGGAUUCGUGGGUAUCCAUGGAUCUUCAGGGCCUCCAGGGGCAAAAGGAAUUGCAGGAGAACCGGGACCUAUGGGGCCACCUGGGACCGUGGGUCCUCUGGGAGAGAUCGGGUUGAAGGGUCCACCAGGCAAACCGGGCGACCCAGGACUGCCAGGCGAACCCGGGGAGAAGGGUGCUCUCGGGGCUGAUGGAAACAUCGGAGAACAAGGCCUAAUUGGACAGAGGGGAGAGCCUGGGCUUGAAGGAGAAGCUGGCCAUGCAGGACCUGAUGGAGCCAAGGGCGAGAAGGGUGAGCUGGGUCCUGAAGGCGAUAAAGGUGACAAAGGAGAGAUCGGGCUGAAAGGAAAGGAAGGGCCACCUGGAUAUCCUGGCCUUCAGGGUGUCGGGGGCCCUGAAGGAAAGCCUGGCAAAAUCGGCGAAAGAGGGAAAGCUGGAACGAAGGGCACCAAAGGUCAUCAGGGUUACCUGGGAGAGACGGGGCUGGUUGGCAAGCAAGGCCCCACGGGAUUUGUAGGACCAAAGGGAUCCAGAGGAACAAUUGGACCUGUGGGUGCCCCAGGACGUAUGGGUCAGCAAGGCGAGCCAGGACUACCAGGAUAUGAGGGUCACCAAGGACCGCAAGGCCCAAUGGGUCCUCCUGGACCAAAAGGUGAAAAGGGCGAACAGGGGGAUGAUGGGAAGGUGGAAGGUCCUCCUGGUCGUCAAGGUGACAGAGGUCCCGUGGGAGACAGAGGAGAGAGAGGGGAGUCAGGUGACCCAGGGUACCUAGGUCAACAAGGUGUGGACGGAGAAAGGGGCAAGGCCGGGGCUCCCGGAUUACCUGGACAUCCUGGGCCACGUGGGCAGCAAGGACCUAAGGGAUCCAAAGGAGAGGAGGGUCAAAAAGGCAAGGCAGGCAAACAUGGAGAGUCUGGCGGCAGAGGCCCACCUGGUCCUGUUGGCCCACCCGGCCCAAGAGGAGUGGUUGGUCGAGAGGGUCUGGAAGGUCACCCUGGGAUGGAUGGACUUCUGGGCAAAGACGGGACCAGAGGAAUGCCGGGAGAGCAAGGGGACGACGGCGCCAUCGGUCUCCCUGGAAACGCUGGUCUACGCGGUAAAGUGGGCGUGGUUGGGCUUCCAGGCUCUCAGGGCUCGUUUGGACUGAAGGGCGAGAGGGGGCUCCCUGGCCAGUCAGGACCCACAGGGAAGCGAGGAUUCAGAGGAGGGAUGGGACUGCCAGGGAGACAAGGGGACCAGGGACAAAAAGGACAGCCUGGUGACGUCGGAGAGCCAGGUUUCCCAGGUAUCCUUGGGGUGUUCGGGCCAAAGGGGACUCCAGGAGAUUUUGGGCCAGUAGGUAUUCAAGGGCCAAAGGGACCGCAGGGCUUGAUGGGGAAAGAAGGACCGUUGGGCUCAAUUGGUAUAAUCGGGCCGACUGGUGGUCCAGGACCAAAAGGAGAUAAGGGAAACCCAGGAGAAAAUGGUGUACAAGGACCAAGGGGGACUCCAGGUCCUCACGGGCCCCCAGGACCCCCAGGUCCUCCUGGUAUUCCACUGUCAUUCAAGCAUGACAAUUUUGGUGCUGCUCUCCAAGUGUUCAUCGACUCGAACACGGCACUCACGGCAGAGAAUUACCAGGGCAUGGACCUCCCCAUGCUGGACCAGGGAACAGAGAUAUUUAAGACCCUUCACUACCUCAGUAACCUGAUCCAAAGCCUCAAGAACCCGCUGGGCACCCAUGACAACCCUGCCCGGAUCUGCCGGGACCUCAAGGACUGUGAGCAGAGGAUGAACGAUGGCACUUACUGGAUCGACCCAAACUUAGGCUGCUCCUCCGACACCAUUGAGGUGACCUGCAACUUCACCAGCGGAGGUCAGACCUGCCUGAGACCAGUCACAGUGUCCAAGCUGGAGAUUGGCGUGGGGCGUGUCCAGAUGAACUUCCUGCACCUCCUGAGUGCCGAGGCAGUCCAGCACAUCACCGUCCACUGCCUGAACGUCCCGGUGUGGAGGGAGGGAACAUCCGAGCUCCUGUCCCAAAACGCUGUUCGCUUCAAGACCUGGAAUGGGCAGAUCAUCGAGGCAGGAGGAGACCUAGAGCCACACGUGCUGCAGGAUGACUGCUGGAUCAAAGACGGACGCUGGCAUCAAACACAUUUUGUUUUCAGCACCCUGGACCCGAACCUUCUCCCUAUUGUAAAUAUAUAUAACUUGCCAAACACCAAACCCGGAUCGCACUACCACCUAGAGGUCGGACCUGUGUGUUUCCUGUAGGGGGCACGUUCCCCACCACAUCGGCCAAAUGGGGCCCCUCGCACUCGAGGGAGCGGAGGAGACCUCUCUCCACAUGUGCCGUCCAGCAGGAGACCUAUGCCCUCCCCCGUCUUUCAGCGUUUGGACUGCAGAAACAGGACAAUGGGGGACAGGGAGGCGGGGCACCAGGAGAGCUACGGAGGAACCCGAGAUUUUCUCGCACUAAUGACACUUCAAAAGAUAAGCUCUUUUGUGAUCUUCAGGAACUUUUUUUCAUUCUGACAAGUCCUGGAUGUCCAGUCGGAGGAGAUACUGCCAAAUAAUCUUUAUGGGACAAUAUAUUAACUUAUUUGUUUCAUAUAUUUUCCAUACCAAGGUUCUGCAUUCUGUUAAAAGAAGAAUUUAAGUAAUUGGGAACAAUUAUACAUGUGUGGGCAUAUAUACUUCUUCCUUAUUACUUUUAUACAUUUUAUCUCAUGAAAAAGAAAUAACCUUCAAGUGCAAUAGAAAAAGAGAAGAGAAUUUUUAUAUUCAUCUAUGUUUGCAAUUAUUUUUUUAGGCAAUUCAGGGGUGCUAUUUUAUCUACAUAUAUGUUUCCUCCAAGUGUUGUUGGUCUUUUCUUGUCCCUACCUAGAGGUCCGCUAGUGUGACUUGACAGGUAGUGUUAUGUGCCUACUUCAAUUUCAGGUGAAGUGUAUGCCAACCUGUAUAUUUCCAAAUGAAGAAAGUACCUAUCGACAGGUGUCCCUGCCCCAGUCAUCUCCCUGCAGGGCACUCUGCAGGUCCUGCAGAGUGAUCAGCUGCAGUGAGGGGCUGAUGGAGAGAGACGGGCGUGGCACGGAGCCUGCCCGCUGGCAAGACACUGGUGGCAGCCCCCUAGAGAGCUGUCCCGCCUGGCUCAUCUGUGCCGCGGGUCUCUCUGUAUCCACACACUCCUGGCAUAGUGGCAAACGGUGAGAAGGCUUGUGUGUGGGUCCAGAAGAGGGUGUCUGAUCAAUGGUCUACCUCCCAUCUCUUAUGCAUGGUGCUCGGGGGAAAAAAAUAAAACCCUCAAUUAAAACAAGAGAUGCUGACCUAGUGCUCCUGCUAUGCCACCAACAAAGUGUAACACUUCUGUGGUAGGUUUGCAUUUUUGAAGCCAGUUUUGCCUUUUUUUUCACUAUGCAGCAAAAAUGGCAUUCAUUUAAGUGCCAUUACUUGUAAGGGAAUAUUUUUAUAUAAACAUAAAAAAAAUAGAAAAAAGUUUUGAGUCUACAUAUUUUUUAAUGCAGCCAAACAUCUUAGGGUUUCGAGGCAUUUUUUUUUUUUUUUUUUUUUUUUAAGAAAGUACUUUCUGCUCUUUUGUACAAACCCCCCAAAUAGCUGUUAUUGAUAUUAGAAUCCAUUAGUAAAGAUUUAGUUUUAUUAGAAAGCUUUUUCUUUUUGUUGAAAAUAAAUGUGUAUAAUUAUGCAAGCUUUGUUGUAUACAGUGGAUCCCUUCUUGCUAAUUUAAUGUUAUUUAAGUGUGAAAACGUGGUUGUCUACCAAAUAAAGUUCUCUUUGUCUAGGCAACAGGUCCUUUUUCUCUGAUAACUUUGUAUCAGUUUCCCAACUGGUCUUGGAGUUUAUAGAUUUUUAUUUUAUGUGUACAUUUGGGACUCCAGAGAACAAAUUUAUUUCAAUGUUUUUUAUUUUUAUUUUUGUUUGUUUAAAUUUUUUUUUUUUUCUUUAUGGUAAUCAAAAUUGUACUGUACUGGGACUGUGUUCUAUGCUAUUAAUCAUCAUGAUUUUUUAAUGGAAGCGAUUGACAAUAUGUGAACAUUCUUUUUUUCCAUUUCAGUAGUUAAAAUGAGAUCAGAAUACCUCACAUUUAAACACACCAGGAGCAACCAUUUGCUGUUGUUUGUUUUUGUUUUUUCUUUUUUUUUCUUUUUUUUUUGAAAUCUGUGUCUGUGUGAAAUAUCGGCCUAAAAUCAGCAGGUAUUACUUCAGGGGGAAGUACAGAGGGUGGCGGUGCUUGCCCAUAUUCACUUCUGUAGCUCUUGCAACUUCUCGUAUACACACGAUUCAAAUUCUUCAU